UACAGCCACUUACCUGUCUCUCGGUCCAGCGAUGGCUUCACCACCACUGGUUUAAUCGGCCAUCUUCUCUCCCUGGCACUGGCAUCUUCAGUGUGGGCAGCCGACUGUGACAGCUUGCGGCUUCACAGCUGGGUGCCCACUGCACAUGCGCGAGAAGCGUUGCGCUUUGUGAAUGGUCCUGUAGUCUUCUGGGACCUGUCACGUGUCCCUGAAGAGUACAGGGAGGGAGGGGGGAGGACAACUUCCACUUCCAAUCGCCUAGGCGAUUGCAGCGGAAGUGGGAGCGGGUACCUGUCAAAUUUGGUUACCCGCUCCCUCCCUACCACUCCCCAAAGGGGACAAAGCCUUAAAGCAAAACUUCCCCUUUUGGGUGGAGCUCUGCUUUAACUUUACUAGAC